GAAAGAAAGAAACACACACACAUAGAGAGGUAUAUUAUCUCCCCAUAGAGUGAGAGAGAAAAAAAGAGGAAGAAAACAACAAAAAAAAAAAACAAAAACAGAAAACUGAUGAAGAGCGGUGGUGGUGGUGGUGGUGGUAUGGGCGCGCUUCCGUCGUACGGCGUCCCGGCGAAAAGGCGGUGGAAAGGGCUCGUAGUUGCGGUGCUCGGUCUCGUCAUUCUCUCCAUGCUCGUCCCUCUCGUCUUCCUGCUCGGUCUCCACAACGGUUUCCACUCUUCCGGAUAUAUAUAUGAACAGAAGAGUACUCCUUCGAAUGAGAAAAGUCUUGAAAGAUAUGAUAGACAUGAUGUUGGCCAUAAUGAGUCUGAGGAAGGACAAUCAAAUCAUGUGGAGGAUCUUAUCACAAAGUUUGAACCAACUCUUCCAAAGGAUGCUCUCAAGAAAUAUGCUCGAGAAGGCAAGAAUGAUUCCAACAAUAAGGCUGGCAAAGAUGAUAAACAAAGAGGUUCUAAGGCGCCACCUAAGGGUGUUCUGCAAUCACGUCCAACUUCAAAUAAUCCUAGAAGUGGUCAAGUUGAACAAGUCAACCGCCCUAAAACAAGCACUGCCGAUGAAGGUGGAAAGUCAUGUGAGCUCACAUUUGGUAGCUAUUGCCUUUGGCAACAAGAACAUAGACAAGAAAUGAAAGAUGCUCUGGUUAAGAAAUUGAAAGACCAACUAUUUGUUGCUAGAGCUUAUUAUCCUAGCCUUGCAAAACUCCCAGCAAACGAUAAAUUGUCUCGCCAACUGAAACAGAAUAUACAGGAGAUGGAGCACAUGCUUAGUGAAUCUACCACAGAUGCUGAUCUUCCACCAGCGGCUGGGAGUUAUUCAAAAAAGAUGGAAAAUACAAUAACCAAAGUAAAAUCAAUCCCUGUGGUUUGCGACAAUGUGGACAAGAAAUUGAGACAAAUAUUUGAUUUGACUGAGGAUGAAGCCAACUUCCACAUGAAACAGAGUGCAUUCUUAUAUAAACUUAAUGUUCAGACAAUGCCAAAGAGUCAUCACUGCCUGUCACUGAAACUAACUGUAGAAUAUUUCAAAUCCUCGCAUUAUGACGAAAAGGCUGAUGAAGAAAAGUUUAUUGAUUCUUCAUUGCACCAUUAUGUUAUUUUCUCUAAUAAUGUGCUUGCAGCUUCAGUAGUCAUCAACUCCACCGUAUUUCAUGCAAAAGAAAGUUCAAAUCAGGUUUUUCAUGUUUUGACUGAUGGAGAAAAUUAUUAUGCAAUGAAGCUCUGGUUCUUGAGAAACCAUUAUAAGGAAGCUGCUGUUCAAGUGCUGAAUGUUGAGCUGGACAUCCAAAAGGAAAAUCCGUUGCUUCUAUCCUUGCCUGAGGAGUUCCGUGUUUCAAUUCUCAGUUAUGAUAAUCCAUCCACAAACCAGAUUAGAACGGAGUUCCUUUCAAUUUUUUCUGAUUCACACUAUUUACUUCCUGAUUUAUUCAGCAAUUUGAAUAAAGUUGUGGUUCUGGAUGAUGAUGUUGUUAUCCAACAAGACUUAUCUGCCCUGUGGAACACAGACUUGGGAGAUAAAGUGAACGGUGCAGUGCAGUUCUGCUCGGUAAAGCUGGGUCAACUGAAAAGUUAUCUGGGUGAGAAAGGUCUCAGUCAGAAUUCCUGUGCUUGGAUGUCAGGGUUGAACAUAAUUGACCUGGUGAGGUGGAGAGAGCUUGGUCUUACUCAAACUUACAGAAAGUUGAUAAAAGAGUUUACAAUGCAAGAAGGAUCUGUGGAGGGUAUUGCAUGGCGGGCAAGCUUGCUCACCUUUGAGAAUGAAAUAUAUCCACUCAAUGAGUCGUGGGUUGUGUCUGGACUGGGUCAUGAUUAUAAAAUUGAUACUCAGCCCAUUAAGACAGCUUCGGUGCUACACUACAAUGGGAAAAUGAAACCUUGGCUUGAUCUGGGAAUUCCACAGUAUAAAAGCUAUUGGAAGAAGUUUCUGAACAAAGAGGAUCAGCUCUUAAGUGAUUGCAAUGUAAAUUCAUAAUAAGUUGUUGUUCCUGUGGUGCAUGUUUGGGAAAUUGUAGGGUUGAUCUCUUAAACAAGAGGAUGCCUGUGCUUUGGGUGCUCAAUUUUCUGAUCUAGUUUUCGAAGGGGUUUUGUGGAAAGAAGCAAUGGUGGACCGGUGGUGAUGAGCUUAACACACCAAUUAAAAAAUUAAUCAGUCAAUAAGGAACCUGUAAACUUCCCUGCAUCUCUGGCAAAAGGAUCAAGAAGUCUGAGUAGCCUCACAGUUUCCAAGAUAGCUAAUUGGUGUUGAGGUUAUCCUCACUGUGCCGGUGGGCACUAUGAAGAUUUUUAUACAUGAGCAAGGCAGUGGUCCAUGAAAAAUAACUCAAAAUAUAAAGACAGUAAAAUUGUUUUUUUCAAGAUUUUUUAUUAUGCUACAUGAUGUAAAUUAUUGGUAGCCGAGAAACAGGUAGAGCUAUUCCUUCUAGUUCUUUCCAUUCAUAAUUUGCCCAAAGUUUGUUCUUAUUCGAUGACAAGAAUGUUGUCCAACAGCUCUAUAAAUGAAAAAAAGUAACAAUUUUGUCCUCUA